UUGUGAAGAAAGGUCAGGAAAGGAGAGGGGGCGGGAAUGUGGGAACCGAGGGACAAGGGGAGAGCUGGGGGGCCAGUUUCCCCUUGUUGGGUAUUUGGCGUGCAACACGCCCCUCCUCAGACCCAGUGCUUGUUUCCUUUGGAAGCCCUGGACGCCCCAUAAGAUCACUUGGAGACCCCCUCCUUCGUUUUCCCCUCAUUGUGUCGUGAGGUGAGGAGAGGGCAUUGUCUCCUGAGGAAAGAGAGGCUACGGUCCCCAUCUAGUCCCGGAUAGCCCAAGAAAUGAGAAAACAGAGGACCCUUGAUCCCAGCCCUGGCUCUGCCAUCAACAAACUGUGUUAACAACUCUGUGUGACCUUGGGCAAGUCACUACCUUUCUUUGGGCCUCAGAUGCCCCAUCGAUUAAAAAAAAAAAAAAAAAAGGAAAAUGCAUGAGAAUGAUACCACACAUCCUUUCCAGCUUCGAAAUGGGGUGGUUCCUCAGGAAAGAGUUCAGGAGAAUGGGUUCUAGGAUGUGGGGAAGCAAGGGAAAGCAGGCUGACGAUGGAGGAGAGGCCUUCAGCUGGGGCUGCAGAAAAUCCCCAGGGAUGUGGGGGAUGGUAGGCACAAAGCCUGCAGGGCUGGAGCAGGCUUGCCAGCGCCUCUGGCAUCCUAUUGGAGGGAUGGAAGAACUCUGGAAGUGGCCGAGGAGGUAGAGACCUAACCCAAGAAAACGAAGACCAGAAUGAGGUCUUCAUUCUGAGGAGAUGGCAGGACAGAGAGAAGCAAUGGAAGCUCUUUUCUAAUGCCCCCUCCAGGAAUUCCCCCACCCUUUCCUCCGAUGGGACUACCCCCCAUGAGUCAGAGACCACCAGCCAUCCCCCCAAUGCCGCCUGGCAUCAUGCCCCCAAUACUUCCACCAAUGGGGGCGCCACCACCACUCACGCAGAUACCAGGAAUGGUACCUCCCAUGAUGCCAGGAAUGCUGAUGCCAGCGGUGCCUGUCACUGCAGCGACGGCUCCGGGUGCGGACACAGCCAGCUCUGCUGUGGCUGGGACAGGCCCUCCGAGGGCCCUGUGGAGUGAGCAUGUGGCUCCUGAUGGACGCGUCUACUACUACAAUGCUGACGACAAGCAGUCUGUGUGGGAGAAGCCCAGCGCUCUCAAGUCCAAGGCAGAGUUGCUGCUGUCCCAGUGCCCCUGGAAAGAGUACAAGUCAGACACGGGCAAACCUUACUACUAUAACAACCAGAGUAAGGAGUCUCGCUGGACCCGGCCCAAGGACCUGGAUGACCUGGAGGCUCUAGUCAAACAAGAGGCUGCAGGGAAACAGCCACAGCAGCCCCAGAUCUUGCAGCCGCAGCCACCUCAGCCCCAGCCUGAGCCCCCACCUGGACCGCCUGGUCCCACCCCUGUGCCCCUGGGCCUUCUAGAGCCUGAGCCAGGUGGGAGUGAAGAUUGUGAUAUGUCAGAGGCCGCCCAGCCUGUGGAGCAGGGUUUUCUGCAGCAGCCGGAGGAGGGCCCCAGCAGUGCUGCUGGACAGCAUCAGCCGCCACAGCAGGAGGAAGAGGAAUCAAAGCCAGAACCAGAGAGGUCUGGCCUCAGUUGGAGCAACCGGGAGAAGGCAAAGCAGGCCUUCAAGGAGCUGCUGAGGGACAAGGCUGUCCCCUCCAAUGCCUCGUGGGAACAGGCCAUGAAGAUGGUGGUCACCGACCCCCGUUACAGUGCCUUGCCCAAACUGAGUGAGAAAAAGCAGGCAUUCAAUGCCUACAAGGCGCAGCGGGAGAAGGAGGAGAAGGAAGAGGCCCGGCUAAGGGCCAAGGAGGCCAAGCAGACCUUGCAGCAUUUCCUGGAGCAGCACGAACGCAUGACCUCUACCACCCGCUACCGGCGGGCAGAACAGACCUUUGGGGAGCUGGAGGUGUGGGCUGUGGUCCCUGAGAGGGAUCGAAAAGAGGUUUAUGAUGAUGUCCUCUUCUUCCUGGCCAAGAAGGAGAAGGAACAGGCCAAGCAGCUCCGGCGCCGCAACAUCCAGGCCCUGAAGAGCAUCCUGGAUGGGAUGAGUAGUGUCAACUUCCAAACUACAUGGUCCCAGGCCCAGCAGUACCUCAUGGAUAACCCCAGCUUUGCUCAGGACCACCAGCUGCAGAACAUGGACAAGGAAGAUGCACUGAUCUGCUUUGAGGAGCACAUCCGAGCGUUGGAGAGGGAGGAGGAGGAGGAGCGGGAGCGGGCCCGCCUUCGGGAGCGGCGUCAGCAACGCAAGAACCGGGAGGCCUUCCAGACCUUCCUGGACGAGCUGCACGAGACAGGGCAGCUGCACUCUAUGUCCACCUGGAUGGAGCUGUACCCAGCGGUCAGCACUGAUGUCCGCUUUGCCAACAUGCUGGGCCAGCCGGGCUCCACCCCUCUGGACUUGUUCAAGUUCUAUGUGGAGGAGUUGAAGGCACGAUUCCAUGAUGAGAAGAAGAUCAUUAAGGACAUUCUUAAGGACCGGGGCUUCUGCGUGGAGGUGAACACAGCCUUUGAGGACUUCGCCCACGUCAUAAGCUUUGACAAGAGGGCUGCUGCGCUGGACGCGGGCAACAUCAAGCUGACCUUCAAUAGUCUGCUGGAGAAGGCAGAGGCGCGGGAGAGAGAGCGGGAGAAGGAGGAGGCGCGAAGAAUGCGGCGCAGGGAAGCUGCCUUCCGAAGCAUGCUGAGACAGGCUGUGCCUGCCCUGGAGCUGGGCACUGCCUGGGAAGAGGUCCGUGAGCGCUUUGUGUGCGACUCAGCCUUUGAGCAGAUCACCCUGGAGUCGGAGCGGAUCCGGCUCUUCCGCGAGUACCUGCAGGUACUGGAGACUGAAUGCCAGCAUCUCCACACCAAAGGCCGAAAACAUGGCAGAAAGGGCAAGAAGCACCAUCGGAAGCGUUCCCAUUCGCCCUCAGGCUCGGAGUCAGAAGAGGAGGAGCUGCCCCCGCCAUCUCUCCGACCCCCAAAGCGGAGAAGGCGGAACCCCUCGGAGUCAGGCUCUGAGCCCUCUUCCUCACUUGAUUCGGUUGAAAGUGGGGGAGCUGCCCUUGGAGGACGGGGCUCCCCAUCUUCUCGCCUUCUCCUUGGAUCAGAUCAUGGCCUUCGGAAAGCCAAGAAACCAAAAAAGAAAACUAAGAAGAGAAGACACAAGUCGAACAGUCCUGAGAGCGAGACAGACCCUGAGGAGAAAGCUGGCAAGGAGAGUGAUGAGAAAGAACCAGAACAGGACAAGGACAGGGAGCUGCGGCGGGCGGAACUCCCUAACCGCUCCCCAGGUUUUGGAAUCAAGAAGGAGAAGACGGGCUGGGACACGUCGGAAAGUGAGCUGAGCGAGGGUGAGCUGGAAAGGCGGCGGCGGACACUCCUGCAGCAGCUGGAUGACCACCAGUGACCCGGCGAGCCACUCUGCCUCGGGUCUGUGUGAGGCCGUGGAUCCUCGGUCACCCUCACUGUCUGCACUAGACUCCUUUCUUAGUCUGGUCUGUGUCCACUUUUCCUCAAAUAGCCCUGCCCCCAACGCGCCACGACUGGCACCUCCCCAGGUUGCUCGUGGUAUUCCAGGGUCCUCCACUUCCCAGGCAACUAGCGCGGUCCUUGCCCUCAGCCCCAGACCAGAGAUUGGGAUGCCAUGUGGAGCGGGUGGUGCCAAUAGAGAAAAUGUGAGAAGGGGCCUCUAGGGAAGAAUGACAGGUUGGUGACAGGCGGGGUCCUUAGCCUCUAGCAUCAGUGCCUGCUCCUGCCUGCCUGGGCCCUUGGGCUCCACCACUCCUUCCUUCAGCCCCGGGACCCAGUGUAUGUGUGUUUUGUUUUGUUUUGUUUUUGUUUUUUAAAUAAUAUUUAUAACAUGG